UUUGUCAGCGAACAGUUCGAGUAUGGCUGGAAGAUUUGGCCUUGUGCAAAAAGAGAAUGGUUCGAGAGUUCCUUUGGAGAGCAUCAAGAUUAAAGUCGACUUGCAGGGUUUUACAGCACACGUGUUGGCAACGAUGAAAUACUCGAACAAGGAGAGCAAUCCCAUUGAGGCAAUUUUUAUUUUUCCUCUGGAUGAACGGGCAGCUGUGUGUGGAUUCCAAGCGACAAUCGACGGUCGAACCAUCGUGGCUGAGGUACAAGAGAAGCAAGAAGCUCAAGAUACCUAUGACGAUGCCAUUAGCAGCGGUCACAGCGCGUUUCUGCUGGAAGAGAGCGACGAAAGCUCGGACAUUUUUCAGAUUAGCGUUGGAAACUUACCGCCGGAGAAGGAGGCUGUCGUCGAGCUGCGGUUCGUGACAGAGCUUGCCGUCGAAGCCGAAGGUCGAGUCGUGUUCGUGCUGCCAACAGUGUUAAAUCCCAGGUACACUCCUCAAGACACUGCCCCCAGUCUGAGCGCACAAGUUCCACGAGUAGCCGCCGUUUCAUCGCCAUACGGGUUUGAGUUUGAGAUGAAAGUGAAAGCUAUUUCCUCUAUCAGUGAGGUUACUUCUUCGUCUAACACUUUGAAGGUCGAGAUAAACGAGAGCGAUGCAACGCAAGCCAAUAUAACGCUCGCAGAAGCGCACACGUUUGACAAAGACGUAGAGGUACACAUUUUGACGAGCGAGCCUUUCAAGCCGCAAGCAAUCGUAGAGAGAGGAGUGAAAACAGAAGGAACGGAAGACGAGGAAGGAUUCAUGGCAAGUCCUGUCGUCAUGCUGAAUUUUUUUCCAGAAUUUAAAACCUCAGAGUCGUCGGAAAAGGGCGAAUUUGUGUUUGUGGUUGAUUGCAGUGGAAGCAUGAGAGGAAGUAAGAAUAACAGCGCUCGGGAAACACUCCUUCUAUUCCUUAAGAGUCUGCCGGACGGUUGUUAUUUCAAUGUUGUUGGUUUUGGAAGCAGCUACAAGACACUGUUCGAUAAAAGUGUACUGUACAAUGACGAGAAUUUAAAGAAAGCCACCGAUCUUGCUGGGAGCAUGAAAGCUGAUCUCGGAGGAACCGAAAUCCUUUCCCCUUUGCAGUGGGUGUUUUCUCAACCCCUGGUUAAAGGUCACCCAAGACAGCUGUUUCUCCUGACCGAUGGUGAGGUUGGAAAUACUCAGCAGGUUAUAAGUUUGGUCCAAAAGCACUCCAACAGCGCCAGGUAUGCAUUUUUGUUCUUUUUUAUUUGAAAUGUUCCUGUGUUUGCUUCUUUGGAAAUGUUUUAUCGCCAUAUUUCACAAUAUUAAUUUGUAGUGAUUCUAUGUAGAAUUUUGAUUGUUUCUAAUUUUUCAGUGCAUUAAAAUAAGCAGCAGAGUGGGGGGGGGGAGGUGGGAUGGGAUACAGGGAGACUACAGCCCCUUAAGUGCAAAAAGAGCAGUUCUGCCCCCCUCUCCACACACAUUUUAAGUGCCAAUGAUAUUACCAGAGCAGCAUAAUAUUAGUUUGACAAACAUUCAGUCUUGUUGUCUUUUCAAAUCAUUUCAUCAGGAUCAUGCUUGGCAAAAUUAUAUGUGGUUGGACUUUUUUAUUUGAAUGAAAAGCUCUGGCUUGUGUGCAAGAAGCAAAAACAAUCAGGGGAGGAAAAAUAAUAGGCAGAGUAUACACUUGGUUUAGUACACAGGAUGCACCCUGCUCCCCUCCCCUUUCCCCCCCCCCCCCCCACAUACCUCAGCGCACUUUGCAAUGUGUUUUAAUCUUUAAUUGCGACUUUUAGGCCAACAGUAUAAUCUGUACCUUACCUGGAAAACAUGGGAAUUAGUACAUGUAGGUCUGUUAGGGAUUUUAUGCAGUAUUAGGCAUUUAAGAUCUUUUUUCCCAUCAUGAGUCCUAACCCUUUAACUCCCAAGAUCUCAUUAUUGAUUCUCCUUAGUGUCUCCCAUACAAUUCAUAUGAUGUUAGUUUGGAGAAUUUGAAAUUGGAUUGACAAAUAAUCCACUAAUUGAUGUUUUUCUUUAUUCUCAUUAUUGGUCUGCUUAAUAUUGUACAAAUAGUGUAAGGAGAAAUUCUUUCUAGGUCACUAGUGGGACUUAAAGGGUUUCAAUUACAUCAUCCUGCAUGAAUUCUUGGUAUUUGGUUUAAAGACUUUUGUUAUUACAGGUGUAUUGAUAUCUCAUAGUGAAAAAAAAUUGGUUUUAUCAGUACCUCUCUAUAUCAAUGAUUUUUCCCAGCUAGAGGGUCGUAGGGAUAAUCUGCUACACUCCUGCAGAAUGACCUUCUGGUUCCUGUCAGAGGGCAUAGUCUCUCACUUUUUUGGCAAUCAGUUGUAAAGAAAUAAACUGUGAGAGUGUUGAAAAUUUUAAUGAAAAUUUGUGGGGAAUACCGGAAAAUAAACACAUUUUGGACUUGUAAUAUAAGGCCUACCCUUUUCCCAACAAAUUUUCCUCUUGACUUGAUUCUGAAGAAGAGUAUUUUCUCAUGAUUCAAUUGUGUUCAAUUUUUGUAGGUGUUUUACAUUUGGCAUUGGGGCUGGUGCAUCAACUGCACUUGUCAAAGGAGUUGCCAGAGUGGGGAAGGGGACUGCAGAGUUUGUCACAGCCAGGGAAGACCGGUUGCAGGCCAAGGUAUGAAAUUAUUUUAUUUGAAAUCUGUUUUGUCAUAGUCAAACCUCCAUGAUCAGUAGAUAAUUUUAAAGACAACUUGAGUGAGAACCAGAACCAUUGAACUGUCUUUUGAACCUUACACCUCCUGGGUUAGAGAAUUUGAUAUUUUAUUUACAGACACUUAUAAUCACCAACAUGAUUAAGUUCAUUAUGCUCAUCAUUUGUGUAAAUUAACAAAGCAUUAGAUACUGAAGAUAGAAGACACAUGCUGACUACUUCUGUACUGAGCAAAGGGAAGGAGAAGUGUCUUUUCGUGGGAGGCUAUACAGCUGUAGUUAAAAGUUUGUAUCUUUUUGGCACGUCAGUAGACUUCUAUGUAAGCUUACUGAAGGCUUACAGUGUAUGUUGGCACUGUUUUUUUUCUUAAAGUGAUUGUUGCAGUAGUUGUCUUUCUGAAAGCUAUGUACUUUAAAGGUUACUUACACAUGACAAUCUCAUGAAAAUAUUUGACACAUACUCUGUUUGGUCUCUUUGACAAGGACUUUCAAUAGCCAUUCUCCAUUAAAACCUUGGAGGAGUUUUGUGUCAUCACUUUCUACUUUCUUUUUUUGCUGUUGUUACUGUUCUCUGCACUCUAGAAUGCCUUAUUGGGUGACAGUACUCUGUUGUUACUGUUCUUUGCACUCUAGAAUGCCCUAUUGCAUGACAGGACUCUGUUGUUGCUGUGCUCUGCACUCUAGAAUGCCUUAUUGUAUGACAAGACUCUGUUGUUGCUGUUCUCUGCACUCUAGAAUGCCUUAUUGUAUGACAAGACUCUGUUGUUGCUGUUCUCUGCACUCUAGAAUGCCUUAUGGCAUGACAGGAUUAUUUGAGUACAAGUGAUACUGCAUGAUCUACUUGUCUGAAUGCCAAGUUUUACAUCUUUCAAAACAACAUAUUUUUAAAUAUUCCCAGUUGUGAAUUAUAUCAAAUGAAAACUUUUAUAUUUUGUAACAUUAAUACUAAAAAUGUGGUAUAAGUUUUAUAUUUUGUUGCAAAGUGUAAGGGUGUGUUGUGUCGUCUAGACUCGGUCAAGUUACUCCUUUCAUUGCUAUUGCUCAACUGAAUUUUAUUAAAGAAUCAACAAGCUAUAUUCACAAAACAAUACUAGGAAUCAGUAAUACUACUUUUACAUAGGAAUGUACUUUUACAAUCAUGUACCGAUUGUGUCUUACAGGAUAUAGCGUGACUAUUGUAACGCUUAGGUAACGCAAUACACUACAGGGUGCAUUAAAUUAAUAUUUAUAUGUUUAUUGUUAAGUGUUUUACAGGAUUGUUUAAAAUAGAAAAGGGCAUGACAUGCAUUACUUGGUAGUCUUGUGUAACGUUUUAUAUAAGCCUUCUCACCCUAACAUCAGUAUGUGUACUCUCCAUACUGUUCUCUGUAUAUUUCGUAAGGUACUAGCAAGAGGAAUUUGUUUAAGAAUCAAGAGGCUCUUUAGUUCGUGAUCAUUUCCUGUCUUCUCUUGAUCUUCAUGUUUGAUUCCAUUUUGCUAUUGUAAGGAGAAACUAGAUGCCAGUCACUCUAAUGGGUUGAAGGGUCAAGCAUAAUUGAUGAAUCCAUUUCCUUCAAUCAUAUCAGUCAAAGAAUUGGCAGAAAGGAUUUUGUUACACAAAAGUAGGAAAAUCUGGUGCUCUGUUCAAGGAGAAUUGUACAUGUAUUUUUGUACUUUGGUGUAAUUUUGUCCUUUUUUUGCAGAAGAGACUUUCAGAUUUCACACUCUUCACAAAUUUAGAUAUGAAUUUUAUGAAUUUUUUUUUCUGCUGUACAUUUGCUUGUUUUUAAGAAUUGUAAUCUAAAUAUUCACUGACUCACCUCAAGGCUGGCCAAAGUUUGUUAUCUUGCAAAGAAUGGUGUUGGAUACACAGUAAUUAUGAAAAUGACUUACUGGUCCAAGGAAGAUCACCACAACUGACAUUGCUGGUGUAGAUUUGAAUUCAGACAUGCAGUAGCUUAAUCGUUACCAAACUACACAGCUAGGAACUUACUCAAAGACCUUCUUGAAGCUGUUGAAUUUAUCAUGAUUACGCACUUAACCUCCUAAAAUGAAGUGACACAGUAAUGCAAAGGUAUGAACCACAUUUUAAAUGAACAACUGUACAGAUUUGAUAAAAUUAUUACUUCACUUAACUCUAAUCAUAUUAUAUCAUCUCAAUUUAUUGUGAUAUUUUAUGUUACUGGAAUAUAUUCACUGCUCUUGUCUGAAAGUAAUAUGGUAAUUAGUAUACUGUAUGUAAAUGUGUUUCUUGGUAAUUGUAAAUCCCAAAUUUUGUCAUUUUUAUUACUAUUUAAUUUUUUAAUUUUACAAGCUUGAAAAAGAAGAAAUGUUGUGCUAUAUGUGUCAUCAAGAAAGCUUUGUUAUGGGCUUCCAUGCAGUGUUAGUAACAGGAUGCCAAAAUACAGUAAAACCAAAUUUUUGUAAUUUAAUUUCGUUUAGCAAAGAAUGACUCUGGUAUAUUUAACUUAAAUAUUAAAAUUAUCGGUAUACACGGUGUAUGUGAAACUGUUUUUAACAGGAGUUCAAACGAAAUAAAGUAGACGACGUGCAUAAAAAUGUAUAUUUAGGUUGCAUUCUCUUUGCAAUUGAACGCACCAGGAGAGCUCCUGGGUGAAAUUUGAGAAAGAUUGUGAGCAGAUAUGAUUCGAUCAAAGGGUGUCCAGGAGAGAUUGCAGUUGUAGCAGCUGAAGGAAAGCUGUUGUGGGCCACCACCCUGGCUCUGGUGCUGCUGAUGGGAAAAUACUCGGAUCAGAAAGAUGAAUGGGAAAUGGGAAGAAUCUUCCUUCAACUGUCACUGUCGCUAUAAUACUGGAGACUGCAGCAGCUACAGUUGGAGUUGAAAUUAACUCUGGUCUUUGAAUGGCUCAGACACGCCUUGAGAAGGAUCGGCUUUAAGAGCCACCGUGACACAUUCGGCUGCGAAUAAGAUUGUUAGUGCGCGUAAAUCCCUCGGGAGAAAUGAAAAAAGUUGACAUUUUGGGAGGCGGAAGUGCAUUCGGAGUACCUCCCCAUCUUCCUUCUGGAGAGAUGUCCGCUCAUUCAAAAGGAUUCUUCUCUUCGCUGUUUGGGGGCUCAGUGAAGAAAGGAAAAGGAGAUAAAGCAGCAUGUUCUUAUCCAGCUCUAAAAUCAGUAGGUCUAGCGGCACCUGAAACUGUUGUCGAUGGGGAAGGUGACAGUGAAAGUGAUGACAAGUCAUUUGGGGUCAUCCAAUCAAACUGCUACAUGGCCUUUAAUGUUUAUGCAGAAAGGCUUCUGAAGCUCCUGAAGCUCCUGUUCCUGAAGUUUCCGCCAACAACCAGAAAAAGAAAGGUGCUCGGUCUGCCUUGUCAGUUAUUUCAUUUCAGAAAGCGUCAGGACCUCGGGACCUCACAGAUCAGCUGGUGUCCUUGUGCGAUGCAAGUAGAAGUGAUUUGAUCAAAGGAUGUCCAAAAGAGAUUGCAGCUGACACACCUGAAGGAGAGCUGAUGUGGGCCACCGCCCUAGCUCUGGUACUGCUGAUUGGAAAUUACUCGGAUCAGAUAGAUGAAUGGGAAAUGAUCGCUGAAAAAGGCACAAAAUGUCUGGUAAAGAAUCUUCUGGGAAGUUUAACACUGGAUCAAGUGGUAGAGAGUGCAGCAGCUGUAGUGGAAGUUCCGGUUCUUUCUGGACUGUGACUGGCUGGCCAAAUAUUUCCAUUAUUUCAAUAUGUCACAAUUACCUCAGUGUCGUUUGCACAAAUUUGAUGUAAAACAUUGCUCAAUUAACUACUGAAGACGCUAACCUUAAGCCGGCCGGUAGACCGAGUGUGCUUGGUGCUGAUUCAUAUUUUGCAUCAGGAAAAGGACAAUUAGGGUUAAUGAUUAAAUUUUUCUUGUUCGUAGACCUGUCCGACCGACCUGUUUGGAAUUAGUGGUAAGAUUCUCAAUUAAAUUAGUUUUCAGUAUGAGGCGUACAAGUGCUCUUUCCUAACCCGAGAAUUCAGAUGACUUUUUUACCAAAUUGUUUUGAAAAGAUCUAAAGCAAAACGGCAAACAUUGGUAUAACGCUUGUUCGUUGCUUGUUUUGUCGUGUAGCAAGUUCCUUCCUCAACUAGCUCGAGGCUAUCUAUGGCCUGUACCAGGUAACCAGUUUAUGGUAAUUUGCAAAAAAGCGAAGCAGGCUACAGAGAAGAAAGAAGGGCACUAGGAUUACUGAGGGGUGAUGAUCUUUGCAAAUUUUAUCUCACCCGCUCAAUCUUUCAUCUCGACCAGCUAAAAGUUUCACAUAGGCUCUGAGAUGUUGUUGCUGCUGUUGUUGUUGUUUUUUUUUCACACCUCAGGAAGCUUUUGCGAGUGCUUUUAACAUCAGUGAUUAUUUACAGACGCCGUUGGACAACUUCAACCACUGAGAUGGAAAUCUAACACAUUUGAAAGUGAAAUAUUUAGGAGGCAUAAUAAUUUAUUCGAAUUAAUUGCGAAGGCUUUGUUGUGUCUUUGUAAAUUGUAGGAUUCUUCCCCGUAAGUGUUGAAAAAGCUCAGCAAAUAUACAGCGGUUGAUGUGUAAAGUAAUUCUAACGUGUUACAUAGUCUAACGUAGUUAAGCGAACAAUUUUCUCAAUUUAAUGAGAAAAAUUUAUUAGAGAUGUUAUAAACGCAUGUAACGUUCCUAUAAAUAAAUUGAAAGUGAAGAAGCACAUUUUGGAAACGAGAAAAGUGUGCGAAACUUACAUUUGUUCAGGCUCUGACUCAGGUUUCUUCCUUAGUGCUAAUUAAAACCUGCACCUACGAUUUCUUUACUAGAUUCGCAAACUAUGAGUCUAAUUCGAGUGUCAUUGUUUUGCGAAGGACGUUGAUUUUCAGCCGACCACACAGUAGGAAGUUCACUGUUUCUUUUUUUUUGUAAUUUCUCCUCAAGGCCUCGUUGGCUAAGUUUGUUUCUUCAAAAUUUCCAGAUUGGUGUGGAUGGGGUUCGUGAUGUUCUUUUUUUUUGCCGUUGAUUUAUUCGUUAAGACCUUUUUGGUGUUGAAUCGUGGAGAGCUACUGCGUAUUCACCUAGAUUAAUUAGUACUAUUGCACACGACAAUAAAAACGCUGGGAAAUGAUAGGUGCUUUAAGACUGAGGCAGUUUUCAUUUUUAAAUUAACAGGUAAUCAAGACACUAAAGCGAGCCCGGCAACCUGUCAUCACAGAUGUGAGCAUAACCUGGAAACUAGAAAAAGACUGGACUGUGCAGCAGAUCCCCUCGUCUCUUCCUCCGCUUUUCAGUGGAGACAGGCUUGUUGUUUAUGGCGUUCUGAAGGCGUCUGAAAACAAAAAAAGCGGUAGCGGAGUGAAUGAAGUGAAACUCGAAGGUAACGCAGAAAAUGAUGCUCAAGUGGAUCAUAUCAUUCAGUUUGCAUCCCCCGCCACAGAAGACAGCUGGGAUACAGAUGCAAGAACCGAAGGAAAAAUCCUUCUUCACCGGCUAGCAGCCAAGAAUUCUAUUCAAGAAAAACAAGGUGACGUCAAUGAAUUGGGCGACAGUGGGCCAAGGGUUGAGAAAGCUAAGAGCUAUGUUAUCAGCAUCAGCAAGUCGGCCAAUGUUGUAUCAAAGUUAACGUCGUUUGUGGCUGUUGACAAAGACAGCCGUGAGCCUGUAUCUGGACCACUUCGAAAACGAGUGGCCAACUUUGCCUCAAUGAUUACGUCUGCGGCUGGUAGGAAACAAGCCUACUAUAUAAGCACGGCAACACAGUCUGCCAACAUUCCGUGGGCAGCCGGAGUUUCAUCUGGAGCUCUUCCACCUCUUCGAAAACAUGUGGCACCGAGACGUAUAAGGAAAAGGAAAAGCUGCCUUGAUGCUCCUCUCGUUUCCACUCAUAACCAGAAUAAGAAAGGUCCUCUGUCUGCCUUGUCAGUUAUUUCAUUACAGAAAGCGUCAGGGUCGUGGGACCUCACAGAUCAGCUGGCGUCCUUGUGCGAUGUAAGUAGAAGUGAUUUGAUCAAAGGAUGUUCAAAAGAGAUUGCAGCUGACACAGCUGAAGGAAAGCUGAUAUGGGCCACCGCCCUGGCUCUGGUGCUGCUGAUGGGGGAGUACUCGGAUCAGAAAGAUGAAUGGGAAAUGAUCGCUGAGAAAGGCAAAAAAUAUCUGAAAAAGAAUCUCCCGGGGAGUUUAACACUGGAUCAAGUGCUAGAGAGUGCAGCAACCGCAGUGGGAGUUCAGGUCAAUACUGGACUGUGACCAGAUAAAUAAUUACCACUAUUUUACACCUUUUUCACAAUUACCUUAGUGACAUGAAUUUGAUGUAAAACGCAAAACCUAACUCGCGUCAUUACUUUAGUAGCUAAACGUAGGUUACCCGUUAAUCCAGGUUUGUCGUGGUGCUGACUCAAAUCCCAUCAGAAUAGAAUGAAAGAAAAAAUAGACUAUGUUUGAUCUGGCCGGAUAGGGACGGAAUUUUUCUUGUUAGUAGGCCGAUCCGGCCGAUCAAUUUUGGAUCAGAGGCAAGAUUCCCAGUUAGUUUAUCAUUAGUAUGAUGAUUUACGUAUACCAAUGUUUAGUGCGAACUCGGUGAUUCUGAUGAUUUUUUUACCAACUUGUUUUCAAAUUAUCUAAAGAAACAAAAAGAAAAAUCGGUACCAUGCUUGUUUCCUGCUCGUUUCGUCGUUAAGUAGUGCUUAUUUUCAACCAGCUUAAGGCUAUUUCAUGGCCUGUGCGAGGGAGCCAGUCUGUGGUAACUUGCACAGAAGCGACAUAACGAAAGGGACUAAGAUUACCAAGGGGCCAAGAAACCCACUGGUUUUCUCUCAGUCGUUCAGUCUUUAGUCUCGCACCUUUGACAAAGAAUAAUUCAGCAGGCGUUAUAAUGUAGUGAGAAUACUUUGUCGUGUUUUUGUGAAUUGUGGGAAUUUUUACUCUCGAGUGUCAAAAGAGUUCCGCAAAUAUACCGCAGUUGGCGUGUAAAGUUACUUUAACGUAAUGCUUAGGCAAACGAAUUAUGGACGAAAAUUUUCACAAUUUUAAAUCAAAUUAAUUGAGUAGCUCUGUCAUACAUGUUAUACUUGUAGUGUCCCUCUAAAUAAAUAGGAAGUUAACUAGUGUUAAGUCUUGAAAUAAAGAUUGAAAAGUGAAUAAUGUGCGAAACUUGUAUGCGUUCAAUUAUUGAAAGAUUUUACCCUUUCACUCAAACGAGUGACUGACUUCUAAUUUCUUCUUUCAGUAUCUCUCUUGAAUUGAAUUUAAUGGUCAUGAGAAUAUUGGAAAUGAUCAGUAAUUCUUUUCAUAACCAUAGAAAAUGUAAAGAGAACAGUAUGGAGAAUAUGAAUUUUAAUGUUAGAAUGUAAAGGGUUAAUUACCAUUCCUAAUCGUUACCUCUGAAGCGAGAAAGUGAUGACCGGCUGGAGCCUGGGAACAGUCACCAGUAAUUUUUGAUAUUUCCUCUAAUGGUGGAUUAAGAAAAGAGCAUUUGAUAGGCUCUUUUAUACGCGAUAAUUGAAAUCUUACGAAAUAGCAUUUAAUUUCUCCCUACAAUAUCACCCCUGAAUCGCACAUUAAGGUCAUGAGAAUAAAGGAAUUGAUCACCAACUAAAGAAGCUCUUAACUGUUAAACAAAUUUUCCCGAUUAACAUCUUAGCAAAUACUUAAAUAACAGUACCGGAAUAUGCAUACUGAUAUCAGGGUUUAAAGUUAAGAUUGACUCUUUUAUUACGCAGCUUUCAUUUUUCAUUUUCUUUGUUUGUUAUUUGGCUUGUUUUUUAAGCCAGCCAAUGACCAAAUAGAGAGUGAAAACUAAUCUCGCACUCAUCCUACCGUGAAACCACUUGGGCGUGGGAGUCUGGGCACGAGACUAAGUGAGGACAGUAAAGCAAUACACUCGUCUGAUAGGUCCCAGUCCUUCAACCUACAUGCGUAAGAAAGCACCGGCUAAAUGACCAAUGGUUUAAACUCAACUUUUUUUUUAACAGAUUCCCAAUCAGUUGAACGUCAUCGAUCAAUAAUCCAGUAGAGCUCAGCACACGAUAUCUAUUUGCCCUACGCGAAUCUAUUUUUUUAGUUCUACCUGCUGAAUAGUUUUAAUCUUUUGUAUUAUGUAUGUGUCAGUGGCUUCACUGUAAAAUUUUAGGCAAACUGAACACUAUCGUACUUUGAACUUUUAGGUUAUCAAGACUUUAAAGCGAGCCCUUCAGCCUGUCAUCGUAGAUGUGGGCGUGGCCUGGGAGCUAGAAAGCGGCUACACUGUGCACCAGAUCCCCUCAUCUCUCCCACCGCUAUUCAGUGGAGAUAGGCUCGUGGUGUAUGGUGUUCUAAAGGUGUCUGAGAACGCAAAUGAUAGCAACAGUAUAAACGUAGUCAGGCUUCAAGGAGCUAUACGAAAACGGUGGUCAACUGGAUCAUAAGAUUGCGUUCACAACCUCGGCAGUGGAUGACAGCUUGAAUACUGAUAACAAUGAAGCUGACGUAAAUGUAAAUCAUCUUCAUCUUUUAGCCGCCAAAACUACCAUCCAGGAAAAACAAGACGAGUUUAACGAGUCCAGGGACUACGGGCAAGUGUCUGAGGAAGCAAAGAGCUACAUAAUCAGCAUUAGCAAGUUGGCCAAUGUUGUGUCACAGCUCACCUCCAUUGUAGCCGUUGACAAAGACAGUCGCGAACCUGUUUCUGGACCACUACAUUACCAUGAGUUACACGAGGUUUCACAGUAUUGCGGCUUUGAUUCCGCAAUGGUUGAAUAUUCAAAACGAUCUUAUAGGGGCAAAAGAAAAGGGGGUUUUGGUUGUUUUAGCUUUAAGAGCAAAAAUUGUCCAAAUAAAGCUAGUAAGGGAAAGUCCAAGGUAAAGUCAAAAGGAUUUUUGUCAGCGCUAUUUGGAAGUUUACGAAAGAAAUCGAAGGGAACAGUAGCAUCAGCGGAACCUUCAUCAAAAGGCGCAACAUCAGCUGAACCUUCAUUAAAAGGCGCAGCAUCAUUGGAACCAUCAUCAAAAGGCGCAACAUCAACUGAACCUGUGGUCUCUGAUGUUGAAGAACGAUCCGAAGACGAUGACAAUUUAUCUCUCGGCAGGGAAUCGCGUCGCCCGAAUUCUAAAGAUCCUUCUACAAGUAUGUGGAAGAGCUCCCCAUCCCCUCAAAAGAGUCAUCGAUCUGCCUUGACCAUUAUCGGAUUACAGAAAGCGUCAGGGCCUUGGGACCUCACAGAGCAGCUGGUGUCCCUGUGUGGUAUGAGUAGAGAUGAUUUGAUCAAAGGGAGUCCAGAAGAGAUUGCAGCUGACACAGCUGAAGGAAAGCUGUUGUGGGCUACCGCCCUGGCUCUGGUGCUGCUGAUGGGAAAAUACUCGAAUCAGAAAGAUGAGUGGGAAAUGAUCGCUGAAAAAGGCAAAAAAUGGCUGAAGAAAAAUCUUCCAUCAACUGACACAUUCACUAAAGUGCUAAACAUUGCAGCAGCUGUGGUUAGGGUUCAAGAUAUUCCUGAACUGUGA